AUGGACAGAGGAAGAAGAGAGGAGGAGAUUGAGGACAUGUCCUUGUCCCCUCCAUCAAUGGGGUCUAUGCAAAUUGCAGGCAGCAAUAUUGGCUUUGCCCACAACAUUGAAUUCAUGUCCCAAGCUUACCUUAGAAAUCGAUACUCCGAAAUUGAUAUCGAAAAUGUUUCUUCUUUUGCAAGUAAAGACCUCCCUCUUCCCAUAUUUCUUAAGUUUGAAGAUGUGGAGUAUAAGGUGAGAAAUAGCCAAGCAUCCUCCAUCAAUCCAGUCAAGGCUGUGGUGUCAAAAGUAGCUUCCCAGUUGAACAUGGAGCAAGACAACUACAAGCAAAUCUUGAAGGGUAUAACAGGCAGCAUUGGCCCUGGUCAGAUCCUUGCCCUUAUGGGUCCUUCUGGGAGUGGUAAGACAACCUUGUUGAAGAUCAUCGGAGGAAGAUUAAUCGAAAACAUUAAAGGGAAGAUAACUUACAAUGAAGUUCCCUACAAUCCAGCCGUUAAGAGAAGGAUUGGGUUUGUGACACAAGAUGAUGUGCUGUUCCCACAACUUACAGUGGAAGAAACAUUAGUGUUUGCUGCAUUUUUGAGGCUUCCAGGAAGCAUGAGUAGACAACAGAAGUAUGCCAGAAUAGAGAUGAUUGUAAAGGAGCUAGGACUUGAAAGAUGUCGACAUACGCGAAUCGGAGGAGGAUUUGUUAAGGGAAUAUCAGGAGGAGAAAGAAAAAGAACAAGUAUUGGUUAUGAGAUUCUUGUUGAUCCUUCAUUGUUGUUGCUUGAUGAACCCACUUCAGGUCUUGAUUCAACCUCAGCCAAUAAGCUUCUCCAGAUUCUUCAAGGAGUAGCCAAGGGUGGGAGGACUUUGAUCACUACAAUUCAUCAACCAUCAAGCAGAAUGUUUCACAUGUUUGACAAACUUCUACUCAUAUCAGAAGGCUAUCCUGUGUACUGUGGCAAGGCAAGAGAGUCGAUGGAGUACUUCUCGUCAUUGAGAUUCAUCCCGGAAAUCACAAUGAAUCCGGCUGAAUUCUUGCUUGAUUUAGCUACAGGACAUGUCACAGAUAUAAGUCUUCCAGAAGAUCUAUUGGCAGCCCAAGGAGCUCAUGACUCGGAGGAGGCUGUCAUUAAAUAUCUUCAAUUCAAAUACAAAGCUCAGUUGGAGCCAAAAGAGAAAGAAGAGAAUCAUAGAAGCUCGAAGGCACCGGAGCAUCUUCAAUUGGCAAUUCAAGUGAAAAAAGAUUGGACACUUUCGUGGUUGAAUCAGUUCAUGAUAAUAGCAAAGAGAACUUUUCAAGAGCGAUACAGAGAUUAUUUCGAUAAACUUAGACUAGUUCAAGCACUCGGCAUAGCAGUCAUGUUAGGCCUUCUUUGGUGGAAAUCAAAGACAGAUACCGAAGCUCAUCUUAGAGAUCAGGUUGGUCUAAUGUUCUAUAUCUGCAUAUUUUGGACAUCUUCUUCAAUAUUCGGAGCUGUUUACGUCUUCCCAUUCGAGAAAAUCUACUUGGUGAAAGAAAGAAAAGCCGAUAUGUAUAGAUUGAGUGUAUACUACAUUUGCAGCACGUUAUGCGACAUGGUAGCACAUGUUUUUUACCCAACAAUUUUCAUCGUUAUCGUCUACUUCAUGGCGGGAUUCAAGAGAACACUUCCUUCCUUCUUCUUGACAUUGUUUUCCAUACUACUCAUUGCUGUUACAAGCCAAGGAGCGGGAGAACUAUUUGGGGCUGCAAGUUUGAGCAUUAAAAGAGCUGGCAUGAUUGCCUCUUUGAUCCUAAUGCUAUUUCUUCUCACUGGUGGCUAUUAUGUCCAGCAUAUACCAAAAUUUAUGCAAUGGUUGAAGUACUUGUCGUUCAUGUACUACGGAUUUAGACUUCUAUUGAAAGUGCAAUACUCAGGAGAGGAAUUAUACGAAUGCGAGAGCAAAGGAGGUUGUCGGACUCUGCAAAGUUCGCCAUCAUUCGACACGGUAAACUUGAAUGGUGGCUUGCAAGAAGCUUGGAUUUUGUUGGCAAUGGCAUUAGGUUAUCGGUUAUGCGCUUACUUUUGUCUUCGCCGGAGAAUCAAUGUCUCCCAUCUCUAA